AUGGCGCCAAUGUUUGUAUUUGAUGAGUUGCUUGUCACCUGCGCAGGGGUACCUGUGCCCGAUGAGUGGAAUGUGAAAGUGGAGGUUGAUGUUGGGGUUGAUAUCGUCGAGCUCGAUGCUGCGAUCAAAAACCAGACAGUCAGUGAGAUGAAUGCAUGUCAAAUAUUUCUUGAGCUGCAGAUGAUAUCCGGGAAUGCCACAUCCAUCGGAUCCACCGUCCUUCGCGAAUGCUGUGGUUCCCUGCUCGCAGCAGAAGUAAUCGCCAUUAAUAUACAGAUCCCAGGUGCUAUUGGCACAUACCGGCUUGGCAUGGAGCGCAUCGUGGCACUUAGGUUCGGACGGGCAACAGGCGACAUUUUUAUCUGUCGGGCAGAAGGAGCCGCUUGGACAGCAGACGUGAAACGGAUCUACCGUUAUCCCGCAGUCGACCUCGAGAUCUGCCAGGCAGGAACCAUUCCUGCGCAGAGCCCAUCCGAACGGACGCGCUUCGGAUGCCAUGAUGGUGGAUGGGUGAGGGAUAACCCCAAAAUAUAA